AAAUGAUUCUUUCAUACUAAAGUUUCGCGCCAAAAUAUUUACGAGAAAGAAAUAAGGAAAUAAAAAUAAUUUGUUAAUUAUUGAGUACACAAUCAGAGUUAACGAAAAUUUAACAAUGUCUCAACCAAACCAAACACCAAGACGUGAUGAACAACCAGAAAAUUCUCAAGAUACACCGAUGAGAAUGCCGGCGUAUGAUGCAGCAAGAACUCCAAUUCAUGAAGGUUCUGAAUCUUUCAGUAUUCCAGCUGCAACACCACAACAUUUAAGCUCAUCUGAAAUUGAUUUGGGUUCGCCAUUAAAUUAUGGCACACCAAGUUCCAUCGGAUCGAUUAGAACUCCACAUUCGGGUAUCCAAAACACGCCAUUAAAACUACGACCAGAUAUUCGCAUAGAUAAACGUUUGCGACAAGUCAAUGUCGGUCAACUUGAACCAAUCAAUGAAAACGAUUCACAAUCAGAGAGUGGAGUUUCUUCUCAAGCUCAAUUGUUGGUUUGGGGAACAAAUGUUGUUAUAAGUGAAUGCAAAGCAAAGUUUAGAAAAUUUCUCAUGCGUUACAUUGACCCCGAAGUUGAACAAGAUGAGAUUGAAGAUGGAAUGAACCUCAAUGAGCCAUUGUAUAUGCAGAAACUUGAUGAAGUUGCGACACUUGAAGAACCAUUUUUAAAUGUAAACUGCAGUCAUUUUAAGAUGUUUGAUGAACAACUUUACAAUCAAUUAAUUUGUUAUCCUCAAGAAGUCAUUCCAUCAUUUGAUAUGGCUACAAAUGAGAUUUUCUUUGAAAAAUAUCCAGCAGCUGUUCUUGAACAUCAAAUUCAAGUUCGACCAUUUAAUGCUGAAAAAACACGCAACAUGCGAGCUUUAAAUCCAGAAGACAUCGAUCAACUUAUUUCUAUCAGUGGAAUGGUUAUCAGAUGUUCCAAUAUCAUCCCAGAAAUGCGUGAAGCUUUCUUCAAAUGCAUCGUCUGUUCAUUCACAACGUCAGUUGAAAUCGAUCGUGGACGAAUCCAAGAACCAAAUUUAUGUACACAUUGCAACACAAAUCAUUGCUUUCAAAUGAUUCAUAAUCGUUCGCAUUUCACUGACAAACAAUUGAUAAAAUUGCAGGAAUCUCAAGAAGAUAUGGCAGCAGGUCAAACGCCUCAUAAUGUUCUUUUAUUCGCUUACAAUGAUUUGGUUGAUAAAGUCCAGCCUGGUGAUCGUAUAACUGUGACUGGAAUCUACAGAGCUAUUCCGAUUCAAGAUAAUCCACGACAACGUAGUGUCUCGUCUGUCUAUAAAACUCACAUUGAUGUGGUUCAUUUCAGAAAGUUAGAUAAGAAACGAUUAUAUGAGUCGGAAGACGGCAAAGAACAUUUGUUCUCACCGGAGCGCAUUGAAUUGUUACACAUGUUGUCACAAAAGCCUGAUGUUUACGAUAGGCUUGCUCGUACAAUUGCACCAUCAAUUUACGAGAACGUCGAUAUAAAGAAAGGAAUUUUACUUCAACUUUUCGGGGGAACUAAAAAGAAACAUUCGGCAGGUGGUCGUCAAGGAUUUCGAGCUGAAAUUCACAUUUUAUUGUGUGGUGAUCCUGGUACAAGUAAAUCACAAUUGUUGCAAUAUGUUUUCAAUUUAAUGCCACGAUCACAAUAUACAUCCGGUAAAGGCUCAUCAGCAGUUGGUUUAACUGCUUACAUUACAAGAGAUCCUGACACUCGUCAAUUGACUUUACAAACUGGUUCGUUGGUUCUUGCUGACAACGGAAUUUGUUGCAUUGACGAGUUUGAUAAAAUGUCUGACGCUACUCGAAGUGUUUUACACGAAGUCAUGGAACAAUCAACUUUAAGUAUUGCAAAAGCUGGAAUUAUUUGUCAAUUGAAUGCUCGGACAUCGAUUCUUGCUUCUUGUAAUCCGUCAGAAUCACAAUGGAAUAAGAACAAGACAAUCAUUGAAAAUGUUAAUUUACCUCACACAUUAAUGUCGAGAUUUGAUUUAAUUUUCUUGAUUCUCGAUCCUCAAGAUGAAUUGUUUGAUAAACGGUUGGCUACACAUCUUGUGUCUAUGUAUUAUUCCGGCAGUGUUGAUGAUGAAGAUACUUUGUUUGACAUGGGAGUUUUGCGUGACUACAUUGCAUAUGCUCGUGAACAUGUUCAUCCCACAUUAACUGAUGAAGCUCAACAAAGACUGAUUCAAGCGUAUGUAGAUAUGCGAAAAAUUGGUUCCGGUCGAGGACAAAUAUCUGCUUAUCCACGCCAACUUGAAAGCUUGAUUCGUCUUGCCGAAGCUCAUGCGAAAAUUCGUCUUAGCCAGAAGGUUGAAAAUGUUGAUGUGGAAGAGGCUUGGCGUCUACAUCGUGAAGCUUUGAAACAGUCAGCUACAGAUCCUUUAUCUGGAAAGAUUGAUGUCGGAAUUCUAACGACCGGACUUUCUGCUGCAGCAAGAAAGAAGCGUGCCGAUCUUAUUGCAUUUAUCAAAGAUAUUUUAAAGAAGAAGAAUAAGAUGAAGACAAUUCCUUAUCAGAAAUUCUUCUCAGAUAUCAAAGAAAGUUCACAAAUUUUCAUUACACGAGAACAAUUUGAAGAUGCAUUGAAAGAAUUACAAGACGACGGUGUUGUUGCAGUAAUGGGAAACACAGUUCGCAUCUGUUAAUUAGUAAAGUUUAAGAGUUUAAUAUUAAAGUUUUGUCUCUUUUUUUUAAUAAAAUGAUUUCCUUUUCAAGUUAAUUGUUUUCUUUUUCUAGAUAAUAGUUUGAGUAGAAAAAGUUCUGUUCCAAUUGUAGACGUUAAUGAUGAUAAUUAUUAAUUAAUAAAACUAUUCAACAAGUUUA